AUGCUCGGCUACCUGACCGAUUUGAUGGGCAAACUUUUCGUCGAUGAGUCGAAGAAUGCAGGUAAAUUUUUUUUUGAUGAUUCUAAUGUCUUUCCUCUUCGCCCGAACAAAUUGUCAUUGUCAUCAUCAAAAACAAGGCCUGCGACAGGCAAAAAACAAACAUUUCAUUUCGCUUCGCACUUUUCCUCUAAAAAAAAGGCGAACCCGUUGUGUAUGUCUCUGUCUUCUCUGCUCAUCUCGUUUGGCCCUUAUCGAUUUCUCUCCGCCCCUCUCUCCACGCUUCGAGGCACUUCUUUGCAUUUGUCACGUAUUCGGGGAGAGCCAAAGCCGCCGAAGUGUUUGUGUUUAUCACUGGGAACUUUGAAAACUUUAUUGGAACUUUCCUCCGAUGAGAAACUAUGAAAGUCUAGAAAAAUCUCAUGAUAACAUCGCAGUGUUCUGAUUUUCCCAUUGCUUUUCUCAAUAACCGCUUCUCAGCAAACGUUCUCAGCUCUUUUUAUCUUCUAAACCCCCGAAACUCUAAAACAAUCCCGUCUCUGCGAAUCUUUCGAUUACGUCAUCAUUGCAGGCAUGUCUCUGACCCAGGAUCCGGUAUUUCAGGAGCUGAAAAGCCACGUGGAGGCGAACGAGAAAAACACCCAACUGCUCGAUUGGUUCAGGCAAGACCCGGGACGCUUCCAAAAGUUCACGUGAGUGAAUGCAAUCGCGCCCUACCGAAUAAAAACGCUUAUCGUCAUUUCUUUCGAUUUCAGUCGUCACUUUGCCACCCCGGACGGCGAAUUCCUGUUCGAUUUCUCGAAGAAUCGCAUCACCGAUGCCUCGUUCGAGCUUCUCAUCAAAUUGGCCCGGUCGCGUGGCAUUGAGGAGUCGCGCAACGCAAUGUUCUCGGCCGAGAAGAUCAACUUCACCGAGAAUCGUGCCGUCCUUCACAUCGCUCUCCGCAACCGAGCCAACCGUCCGAUUCUCGUCGACGGAAAGGACGUGAUGCCGGAUGUGAACCGCGUCCUGGCUCAUAUCAAGGAGUUCUGCGCCGAAAUCAUUUCGGGCUCGUGGACCGGAUUCACCGGAAAGAAGAUCACGGAUGUUGUGAACAUUGGCAUCGGAGGAUCCGAUUUGGGACCGUUCAUGGUCACCGAAUCGCUGAAACACUAUCAGGUCGGACCGAACGUCCACUUCAUCUCGAACGUCGACGGAACCCAUGUGGCUGAGGUGACGAGCCGCCUGAAUCCAGAGACCACUCUGUUCAUCAUCGCCUCGAAGACGUUCACCACUCAGGAGACGAUCACCAACGCGGAAACCGCCAAGGAAUGGUUCCUUUCGCACGCCAAGGAUCAGGCGGCGGUUGCCAAACACUUUGUAGCGCUCUCGACGAAUGUGCCGAAGGCUGUCGAGUUCGGAAUCGACGCGAAGAACAUGUUCGAGUUCUGGGACUGGGUCGGCGGACGCUAUUCCCUGUGGUCCGCCAUCGGACUCUCCAUCGCCGUCCACAUCGGAUUCGACAACUUCGAGAAGCUUCUCGAUGGAGCAUUCGCUGUCGAUAAGCACUUUGUCAACACGCCAUUGGAGCAGAAUGUAAGCGAAAUUACUAGGGGACGUCGAGAAACAAAUCUCGAAUUUUCAGAUCCCAGUGAUCCUCGCGCUGAUCGGUGUCCUCUACAACAAUGUCUACGGAGCCGAGACGCACGCUCUCCUCCCGUACGAUCAGUACAUGCACCGUUUCGCCGCCUACUUCCAGCAGGGAGACAUGGAGAGCAACGGAAAGUUCGUGACUCGCCACGGAACUCGCGUCGACUACUCGACCGGUCCGAUCGUGUGGGGAGAGCCGGGAACCAACGGACAGCACGCCUUCUACCAGCUUAUCCAUCAGGGAACCCGACUCAUUCCGUCUGAUUUCAUCGCGCCCGUUCGCACGCUGAACCCGAUCCGUGAGGGAUUGCAUCAUCAGAUCCUGCUCGCCAACUUCCUCGCCCAAACCGAGGCGUUGAUGAAGGGAAAGACGUCGGCUGAGGCGGAAGCCGAGCUGAAGGCCUCCGGACUUUCGGCCGAGAACAUUGCCCAGAUCCUGCCGCACAAGGUGUUCGAGGGCAACAAGCCGACCACAUCCAUCGUGCUCCCAGUCGUCACUCCGUUCACUUUGGGGUCUCUCAUCGCUUUCUACGAGCACAAGAUCUUCGUGCAGGGCAUCAUUUGGGACAUUUGCAGUUUCGAUCAAUGGGGGUCAGUUGGAAACGAAGCCUGUCCCGCAUAAUCUUUGAUUUUUCAGUGUGGAGCUCGGAAAGCAGCUGGCGAAGGUGAUCCAACCGGAGCUGGCUUCGAUGGACACCGUCACCUCGCACGACGCCUCCACCAACGGACUCAUCGCAUUCAUCAAGCAACACUCGGCAUAA